AUGAGCGCUGCCCACCUAUUGCGCUCUAAGAUUCUGCGAUAUACCACCCUAGCAGGCGUCUGUGGUGGUUCUGCUUGGCUUCUUCUACCGAGACGAGUCGCAACCUUGCAUGACAGCGGAUCGAGUCAGGCAUGGCCAUCCACCGACGCAGCUCUGAUCGGACACGCUCGGCGAGUGCAAAAUCACUUUGCUAGCACUCAACCACAGCAGGCGCAGCAGCACUCCAAGAAGGAUGAUGCCGAGACUAUCGAUCAUGCAACGAAUGCUGAGACAUAUUCCGCUGCCUUUGAGGACGAUGACGAGAAUUCGUGGAUGCAGUUCUCGCGCAAUCUGGAUGUUGUGUUGGACGGUAUCAAACGCAUAGAAUGGGCUGGCUUAGGGGACAAGAUUACAGAGCUGGUUUUACCCACCUGGGCCAAACAUCUACCCGAAAGCAUUCAGAAAUUAAACUCCGAACUGUCGCUGAAGGAGGGAAGUUUGGCAAAUGAAAUAUGGCAAGAAGCCCAUGAUCCCUCGAUCAAUCCCGAGGUCUUGUGGAACGCUAGAGUAAGAGUGGGAAAUACUUUGAGCAACGAGGAACUCAGGUUCAGGAAGCGCCGGAAGGAGUACAUGGUUGAGCAUUUCAAGAAAUACAUGGACAUCAAAGAAGAUGUUCAUCCUGACGACAUUCCGACCAUAGCAAUUUGUGGCAGUGGUGGAGGACUUCGCGCCCUCGUAGCUGGUACCAGCUCAUAUCUUUGCACACAAGAGGCUGGCCUAUUUGAUUGCUGCACAUAUACUGCCGGAGUCAGUGGUAGCUGUUGGUUGCAGACCCUGUUCUUUUCCUCUGUUGGGAAGCAAAGUCAUGCAGUUAUGCUCAACCAUAUCAAGUCUCGUAUAGGCACUCAUAUCGCCUUUCCUCCACCAGCACUAAAAUUGUUAACAAGCGCACCAACAAGCAAAUUCAUCCUGAGUGGGUUCAUAGAGAAAUUAAAGGGCGACCCUGGGGCUUCAUUUGGGCUCGUCGACGCGUACAGUCUACUGCUUGCUGCACGCCUGAUGGUACCGAAAGGGGACUUGGAUGUUCAAGCCAAAGACCUAAAGCUAUCGAACCAAUCAGCCUAUCUCAAGGAUGGAGCUUAUCCCAUGCCCAUAUACACCGUCGUGAGACACGAGAUCCCUAUCGAAGAGGAGGUUGCCGCAGAAAAUCCAGCAACCCCAACCGACCGUGCAAAAGCAGUUGCUAGAGCAAAGAGAGAAGCAUGGUUUCAGUGGAUCGAGCUGCAUCCAUGGGAAGUCUUCUGUGAAGAGUUUGGAGCAGGAAUCCCAACUUGGAGCUUGGGGCGGCCAUUUGAAGGUGGCCAGAAUAAGAUUCUUGAGACAGGUGUUGCACUGCCUGAAAUUCGACAGAGCUUGUUACUUGGUAUAUAUGGAUCUGCUUUCUGCGCCACACUUGCACAUUAUUACAAGGAAGUCAAGCCUAUCCUUUCUGGUCUUGUAGGCUUUGGUCAGCUAGACAGUCUUCUUGAAGAGAAGAACCAGGACUUGGUCAAGAUCCAUCCAAUUGAUCCUGCUACAAUUCCAAACUUCGUGUACGGAAUGGAAGGCCGAUUGCCGGAAACAUGCCCAGAAUCCGUGUUCAAAUCAGAUCAUCUACAAGUCAUGGACGCAGGCAUGAGCAACAAUCUACCCAUUUAUCCUCUCCUACGACCUGGUCGAGAUGUGGACGUCCUCGUUGCCUUCGAUGCCUCUGCUGAUAUAAAGAAAGAGAACUGGCUCUCUGUCGUUGAUGGGUAUGCGAAGCAAAGAGGCAUUAAGAGCUGGCCUGUUGGUACAGGUUGGCCAAAGCAAUCGUUGAAACCUCAGGAGAACGCUGAAGAGUUCGAAGAAGCUCAGAUCUCAUCACCACAGGAGGCUGCGAAGAAGUUUUCUCAGAUUCGUGGCGGUGCCACGGAAGCUCAAAAGCAAGCGCAAGCGCAGGCUGUGGAUGCCAACGAGCCGGAUUCUCAUGCUCGAAGAGGAGAGCAGGGGGAGCUUGGGCACUGUAGCAUUUGGAUUGGUACCAAGCAAGAGCGAGACUCAGGUGACGAGCCACCUCCAUCGAAGCGCUUGUCGUGGGAAGAUGCCGACGAUUCUAGUUUCCAGCUCAUGGAACCUAAUGCAACAAUGGCAGUGGUAUAUUUCCCACUCUUGCCGAACAAGAAAGUGGCAGGCGUUGAUCCUGAUCAAACAGACUAUCUUAGUACCUGGAAUUUUAUCUAUACACCAGAGCAAAUCGAUAAAGUGGUGGAGUUGGCAAGGACGAAUUUCAAAGAAGGAGAGGAGGCCACAAAGAGAACCAUUCGAGCUGUCUAUGAACGAAAAAAGGCCUCCAGGCUCCAGCUCGAAGACCAGAGCAAGCUUAGGUCACUGAGAAAGAAGUUGAAGCAUGAUGCAGAUAUGUUUCGUGGCUGA